AUGCCGAUGAACAGUUACAAACAGCUGACAAAAAAUGGCACUAACGCUGGAAAUAAGAAAUGUAACUACAAAGAAGAUAACAAGAAGAAACAGGAGGGCCCGAAGAAAUUUGUGGUCGGCAACUCAUGCAACGGAGUUUGUUCGAAAAUUCAAAACGAUUUACGAGCAUCUUCUGGAAGGAAUGUGAUUCCACGUGUCGCCAGAAUGUCACGCACCGAAUCGUCGGAUUGUCCGAUUUGGAACACUUCAGAUUCUGUCAGCUGGUGGAUAUUGCAGAGCAUCCCUAUCAUCAUUCCACUCUUUCAAGAAUCGAUGCCUCAUCACAGUCGUCGUAUCCUCGAGAAAAUCGACAUGAGACAUUCGCAUCUCGGCGAAAAGAAUCAAUUGCAUUGUGACAAAGAUUAUUUUGAGCACUUGGAGCAGCAAUUUAUAGGGAAGUUGCCUUCGAACCUUCCAUUUUUCCAUCGGAUUCAUAAAGAAGAAUUGGAGGUGUCGGCGAAGUCGUUCACCUGUCUCACGCUCAUGUUCCGAAUUAAAAGUAUCAAAAUGUCUUUCAUGAGGUAUGAAAGUAUGAAAUCGUUGAGCAAACAAGGAUAG